AUGCUCUCUUUCUAUACCCUCAUAGUUGCACGCCUCGUAGCCCGCCCUCUGCGGCAGGCCUUUUCCUACGUACACGUGCUUUACGCCCAGCAUCUGGCCUAUCCAUUGCUCGUCCGCCGGCAGCACUGGACGGGCGCCACCCGAUGGGAGGCUCUGGCCGUCCUCUCGUACGCUGGCGUAAACAUCGCCCUUCUGCUGUACCCCUUCAGUGCCCUGCCCACGCUGAGAGAGGUGGAGAGACGAGCGGGCGUGGCUGCAUUUGUUAAUCUGGUCCCCCUCUCCAUCGUCAUUCGAACGAACGUCCUCACCUCCCUGUGCAACGUACCUCUCGGUACCGUCAACCUCGUCCAUCACUGGAUCGGCAGGGUCGCCAUCGCUCAAGCGUUGCUCCACGCUUUCGUGGUCCUCGCUCUGCGGCCGAGGCCUGGUGCCGUUGUCACGUCGGGAUACAUCGGACUCAGCACGCUGAUGCUCAUUCUGCCGUUGUCUGUGAGUGUAACACGUCGGCGUCUUGGCCGCUAUUUCUUCGUCACCCACCUCGUCCUGGCAAUCUCGGCAUUGGCCGGUCUGGUGUGGCAUGCUUAUCUUCUGCCCGCGCUCGCAAGCCGUGCGCUCAUUACGGUGGGAUGUUCUUGCUGGAUUGCUGCGGCUUGCGUUCGCGCCGUCUGGUGGUAUCGACAGGUCACAGUCCGCGUGCUCCGACUGGAACUCGAUGACGACGUCGCCCUCGUGACCGUGCACGCGGACGCGCCCAUCCGGGCCUCGGCUGACGAUCAUUUCAACAUCUACUUUCCGGCCUCUUUCCCCCGCUCGCUCGUGCCGGGCGUCCACGGCCACGCGAUGAAGCCCUUGUGGUUUAAGCCCGGCGAUCUGGCCUCGCCGGAUGGGGUCCGCACCAUCUCGUUCCUCAUGGGGCGCGAUGGCACACUCGCGAGCCAGCUCGAGAGACUGGUGGAAGGCGCUGCGCUGAAGCUGGACGGUCCUUACGGACAGAAGUCGGACUUUCGCCAGUACGAGGACGUCAUGCUGGUGGCUAAAGGCGCGGGCAUUUCCGGAGUGCUGCCUUAUGCGCUGCAGCUCGCUGAGCGACGGAAGAGCGAUAGCGAAGUCAAGAAAGACAUCCAGCGCCUGCAGCAGGAAGAGACCGAGCUCGUGUUGAGCGCGUCGAGCGCGGCGGGGGAGCACCGACAAAGCUUCCAACGUCGACUGGACGCGGUUCGCAAGGAGCGAACAUCUCUGUCGCGUGUGCUCUUCCAAGACAAAACGCAACGAGUCGACCUGUUGUGGAUGCUGGAGAACGAGAAGCAGGAAAGAUGGACAGCCGGCUUCUUUUCUGCAUUGCAGCGUCUAGACCCAAACAACAGAUUACUUGUGGUCUGGUGUCUGUAUCCCGGCCCCCGCACCUCCAGGCCCCGACCGUUCCAGCCUUCUGAUCACUGGAAGUGCACCUCUGCCGCGCCGGGCGGGGCAGACGUCAUGGAGAUGAUGACGAACAGAAUUCGGGAGAAGAGUGCACGGACGCGAGGCGAAAUGAUUGUCAUCAGUUGCGGAGACCCAGAUUUUACCAUGCGCAUGCGUGCUGGUGUAAUUGCGGCCAUGGGCGGCCGCACGUUCAUCGAGUUUGUUGAGUCCGAGUAUCAGCCGAGGUCGCAUCGACCGAUUGAUGCCGUCGUUGCGGGUCAGGCCGGCGGAAGGCGUGCUGGCAAGAGGGUGUGGGCCGGCAAGAGAAACGCGGCGUAG